AUGCUAGCUAAAUACAUAGCCGGAGCGCCAAGGCGGUUCGCGCUAGAGGCGCGGCGCUAUGGCGGCCAUUACACCGGCCGUUACGUCACAUCGGAUCAAUUGGAAAAGAAGGACCCAAACUGGGCUAUCGAGGAGACGAACUUUUGCCUUGGUAAAAUCAGUGAAAUCCGAUUUAAGGACACUGAUGACCUUGCUAGACGAACUCUACAGAUUAUGGACAGCCAACUUAGCAGAAUGCAUACACGUCUGCGUGAUGGUACCUGCGUACCAUACAUGGCACUCAGUCUACACCAAGUGGUAGACCGCCCCUGCCCGAACCACGUGUUCAUCGAGCAACCACUCUUGAAGUGGACAUGGGACGAGGCAUACGAUGACGCGUAUGAAAACAUGUAA